AUGACCGGCUCGUUGAACACCUUCACGACUGCACGAAGAAGGCUGAGAGUUCUAAAAAAUACCAAGAGACACCUGUCUCUUGAAACUCUUGAGCUGAUAUGCCAGCGUGAAGCAGGCCGAGCCGCAGGGAGCCAAAAACUCACGCCUAAGCCCGCAAUGCUUUGCAGAGAGGCGAUAAAGGAAGACCUUAAGAAGAGAAGAGCACAAGUGCUGUCCGAAGCUGUAGAAGCAGUUAAAAGCAUCCGCUAUGCCGGUCGAGACUUUGCCAGUUGCAAGACGAGGAUGACUGCUCUCCGGAACCCGAAGGGAACAACCAUUGCAUCAAGAAGGAGGAUGAAGAAAAUCAUCUACGACUCCGAAGUACAACAUGCUAUCAUUUCGGUAAGAAAUCGUACGGCACCCGGUCCCGACAGAAUAAGACCAGAAUACCUGAAGAGUCUUCCGCCAGUAAUCAUCAACACUCUGGUGAGGCUCUUUACACCUUACCUGUCGGAAUGCAAUGUUCCUAAACAAUGGAAGACCAGCAAGACCGUGUUGUUGUAUAAAAAGGGAGAUCCACAUGACGUCGGCAACUAUUGCCCAAUCUGCUUACUGCUUGUCAUGUACAAGCUCUUUACAAUAGUGAUCCUUAAUAGGAUUGAAAAAGUCUUGGAUGAAAGACAGCCAAGGGAGCAAGGAGGGUUUCGAAAAGGAUUCAGCACGACUAACCAUAUUCACACUGUUUCGAAACUCAUCGAGGUAUCACGAGUACAAGAUGCCGCUCUGUCUCACCUUCAUCGACUUGAAGAAGGCCUUUGA